ACAUCACUACUUUCGAUCAUUUUUACAUAGACAACUUUACGGAAUUGUUGCUUAAAUUUGCUUAAAUUUAAUACAAACAGCUUUCACUUGAGCACAAUAAAUAUUUAAAGGAGAACAAACAAAUUAAUUAAAAUGGCCGACGACUGGGAAUUCGCCGCGGACAGCAAAGUUGUCGUAAAACCGAAUGCAGCCAACAACAUAAACAAGUGGGAGGGCGAGGACGAUGACGAGGAUGUUAAGGAGAGCUGGGAGGAUGAGGAGGAGAAGAAGGAUGAAGAGAAGCCCACGAAAACAGAAGCGCCAGCCAAAACCAAACCAAACAAGGUUCUCAAAGCGAAACUGCUGGAACAAGAGUGCCUAGAAAAGGAGGAGGAAGCGAAACGUUUGGCCAACAUGUCAACGGAAGAGAAGCUGGCGGAAAAGCUGCGUCUGCAGAAAAUACAGGAAGAAUCUGAUCUGAAGAGCGCCCUCGAAACAUUCGGCUUGACGAGUAUAGACGGUGGCCUCGACUCCUUCAAUCCGCAGAGCAAUGAGGAAUUCAAGGAAUUUGGUGCCACAUUGAGCUGGAAGAUUGCACAGUACAAAGAGAGUCCCCACUUUCCGCAAUUCAUUGAAGAUCUGGUGCAGGCGCUGUGCGUCAACUUGAGCACCGCUGACCUUAAGAAGGUCAAAAUGAGCGUGGAGGUUUUGCACUCAGAAAAGUUAAAAAUGGAAAAGGUCAGUGUCAAGAACAAGGGAGCUGCCAAGAACAGGGGAAAAGCCACGCUGCGCACAGAAAACGAUGAUAUUGAUGUCUACCAGAAGUAUGGAGAUGAUUUUACCGACGAUUACGACGACUUCAUGUGAAUAGAAUCAAUACUUACACUCGUAUAUAUAUAAUAACUGAAUAUAUAUAGUUGCUUGUUGAUGUCGAGAGAAGAGAGUUCUUGUUACAGAAAUUGCGCAGGAAUUUAAAUCCUUUUUGUUGAUUGCUGAUUGCAGGCGCCAUAUUGAUAUAAAUAUAUAUAUAUAUAUUUAUAAAUAAUCGUAUGACAGCACACACCAUUACAUCUGUAAAAUAAUAUAUAUAUACAUAUAUAUAUAUAGAAUAACUAAAGUCGAGUCAAGCUAGCAAUCAAGAAACCUCAACGAUUAUUCAAUUUACAAAACACACACAUACACAGAAAUAGAAACUACAGAAUAAAUUAGGUACAUGAAUGGCUUCUUGUAAAUUCACUUUUGUAUAAUAUAAAGCGAUAUUAAAUGUAAAACAAGCUCAA